AGCAUUCUCUUUCAUUUCAGUUGUUCGAAACUGAGGCUUCAAAAUGGUCAGUCAAAGUGGCAAAGGAAAGCUCAUUGUUGCUCUUUUGUUUGUUUGAUGAUAUUUCACAGAAGGAACAUAAUCACAUGCAACCCACAAACAAAAGAAAGGUAUCAGCAAAAAGCACAGUAUGCCACAGUGAAAAGAUCUUGUGAAAGUCCGAUAUUGAUUGAUAAAAUGGUUGUGUUAGCUUUAUUCCCCAUAUUUGGCCAUGCUUCGAGCAACAUGCUCCUUUUUUAUCCCCACUUUUCCUUCACAUUCCAAUUCAGCCUUUUUCUUUCCACAUAGAAAACCAGCUAAACAAUAGUAUCUUUACUCCACAAAGAGUUUGGGAGAAUACCUCCGCGGAUAGCAUAUAUGGUGAGACAUUUCUUCAUAUCUAAACCACCGAGAGGAUCACUGCUUGUUGGACAGGUUUCUUGAGAGACAAAAGCACAAGUUCCAAGAGGCAAAUGGCAGAAAGUGUAGUCAACUUUCUACUCAACAACCUAGUUGCACUUUUGCGGAGCGGAGCCUUGAACCGAUUCAGCGAUGCGGGGGGAGAAGUUCGGUACAUCACGGAUGAAUUAGAUAGGAUGAGGGCUUUUCUAGGGCAUGCAGAUACAGACAAAGAGAGCGAUCCAGAAAUUGAUGUAUGGGUUAAGCAAAUGCGCGAUGUUGUUUACGAUAUGGAAGAUGUCCUCGACGAGUUCAAGCUUCAUCCAGUGUACCCUGACAGGGAGGGGAUCUGUGGCUUUAUCCUCAAAGCUUUUCAUUGCAUCCUGAACUUGAAGGCUAGCCACCAAAUUGAUAGAAAACUCAAAGACAUCAAAGAAAGAGUCAAAAACAUAAAGGAGCACAAGACAUACAGUCGCAGACUUACACCGGAGGCAGGCUCGACCUCGUCCACCUUUAGUUCUAACAGAAGAUCAUGGCACGGUUGCCGAGCGGAUGCUCUUCUUGUAGAGGAAGCCGGGUUAGUAGGAAUAGGCAAGCCCAAGGGGCAGCUGAAAGAGUACCUUUUGAAGGGUGAGCCUGGACUCAGGGUAAUCUCAGUGGUUGGAAUGGGGGAGAUAGGGAAAACCACCCUGGUAAGAAAGGUUUACGAUGAUGCAACAGUGAAAAAGCAUUUUGAGAUCCAAGUUUGGAUCGCAAUUACACAGUCAUUCAUGACGGAAGAGAUCCUGAAAGGCAUAAUUCAACAACUGUUUGGACAAAUCAAGCAACGAAUCCCCCAAGAAGUUAAUAGCAUGAAAAUAGAAGGCCUGAAAAUGAAAAUCAAUUCUUGAAUCAAAAGAGGUAUGUAAUUGUUUUGGAUGAUAUAUGGGAUAUACACUACAGGAAAAAUGGGUAUUGGCGGCGAAGUUUUCCCGGCGGUUUUAAUAAUCGUCGGGAAAACACCAAAAUUAUCGACGAUUUGUAGGACCGCCGGUGAUUGGUGAAAAUUACCGGCGGUUUUAAAACCGCCGGUAAUGAAAUACACAUCCUCGGCGAUUUUAAAAGACCGUCGGUGAUUUUUGAACAUAACCAGCGGUUUAAUAAAACCGUCGGUUGUGUUUACCCAUCCUCGGCGGUUUUAAAACCGCCGGGGAUAGGAUUAUAUAAGUCCGCCCGCACCCAAUUCUCCCCCGCGCGCUCCCGACCGAAUUCUUCCCCUCACCUCCUUCGAUCUCUUCCAAAAUUCCCCCCUACAAACCCUAACAUUAUCUAGCUCGCGCCUCGCUGCCUCCCUCGAUCGCCCUCGCUGCCUCGCCUCACCUCGCCUCGCCCUCCCUCGCUCACUCUCAGUCGAUCGCCCUCGCUCGCUCGCCUCGCCCUCCCUUGCUCACUCUCAGUCGAUCGCCCUCGCUGCCUCCCUCGAUCGCCCUCGAUCGCUCGCCUCGCCUCGCCCUCCCUCGCUCACUCUCAGUCGCUCUCGCCCUCCCUCGCUCGCUCGCCUCGCCUCGCUCUCUCUCAGUCGACCUCGCCCUCCCUCGCUCACUCUCAGUCGCUCUCGCCAUCGGCCUCGCCCUCGCCCUCCUUCGCUCACUGAUCAGUCGCACAUGCAACCAGAGAAGUGUUGAUUGGAAUUGGGGUAAAUUACAGUUCGAUUGCUCCGCGAUAGUUGUUCUUCCUUGAUCAGGUUUGUCUCCAGCUUGUGUAGAAUGUAUCUCUAUCGUUUAUUUAUCUGUCUAUACGUAUGAAUCUUGCGUGUUAUCCCAGAUCCUCUGUUUAUCGGUUGAGAUUUAGAUGAUAAUUCAUUCUAUUAGAUCAUAAUUAUUGAUCAACAUUGUUGUUUUUAGAGUUAGUGUUGAUUGGAGUAAAAUUGAUUUGAUCAUUUCAAUGAUUUUUAAUUUUAGUUGAGUUCUUAUUUUUAAUUUGAUGAGUCCAAUGAUGAAUGGGCUGGAAAAAAGAAAAAUCUAGGUGCUGGCACAGCACCAGCAAAUCCGAGUGGUUGGUCCAGUUGGGGAGCUGAUGCUGGGAAGACACAGGAUAACCUCUCUAGAAGACCACCAGAGCUACGGGAUAUUCUGGUUGAUGAGAGCCAAUGUACAGUUGAUGAAAAAUCUCAGGCUGGACAGAAGAAAGAAUCACCUGCCAGUUUAUGGAAUCGCAGUCAAAAUGUAAUGAAUGAACAGACAAAUCAAUCAGCAAGUGAAAGUGGCUGGGAUCCUGCAAACACAGUCAGUCAGAAUGAAAGUGUACAACCACAGUGGGGUAAGCCAAGAAGGUUCUCUUCUAAGAAAGAACAAACUGAUAGCCCACGUGGUUGGGGUUCCUCUAAUACUGGAGAUUGGAAAAACAAAGCAGUUGGAAAUUUAACUGCAACAAGACAGCGUUUGGAUAUGUUCACCUCUAAGGAACAAAAUAUUUUGUCAGAUGUUGAGUUGAUAAUGCAAUCUAUUAGAAGAAUUCUGCAUCAGACUGGGUACAAUGACGGGGAUCCAUUGUCUGCCGAGGAUCAGUCAUUUGUGCUUGACAAUGUGUUCACUCAUCAUCCUGAUAAAAGUACAAAGAUGGGAGCAGGGAUAGAUUAUGUAAUGGGUGAGAGUGCAAUCAAAUUUUGGCGCUGUUGUCAGGGAGAUUGAGGCAAAAAGAAAAAAAAAUUAUAAAUUUAAAAAAGAAGUAAAAAAAUAUAUUUAGAUAACUAUUAAUUACUAAACAGUGUAAGAGACUAUGGCCAGGUAUGAUUAUUGAAAUAUUAAUUGAUUCAUUAGAUCAUUAUCUGUC